UAUUAUCUCUCACCUAUUCCAUAAUUGAGUCGCGGUGCAAAUUGUGAUUCAGUUGGUGAGUGAUAUUCGAAGGUGUUUGUCGCGCAACAAUUAAGCAAACAGAAUGCCAGAUAGUCCGCCACCAAUUGGAUUUCUGCCUGAAUUUUCGGCACCGGGGCCCUAUGGGGCUCCACCUGGGCCUUAUGGCGCCCCUCUGGCCUCCUUCUCAUACCCCAUGCCAAUGCCACAUUUUCCGCCCGCACCUGAGGCUCCACGCAGCUCAUCGUCGUCGUCGUCGUCGUCGUCGUCAUCGGAGGCCAGUGUGGUGGAUCGAGCAAGAAAUCCUUUAAGCUUUGAUGUCGCCGGAUACUGUUGGCAGUACAUCGGACCAGGAGCUCCUUUCCCCUACGAUGUUGCCGUGAGGGCUGGACGAGAUGCCGAUGGAAGUCCCAUUUUCGUCGGUAGAGCCUUUCACGAGGGCGAUAUGAUCCCAGCCAAGGUGAUCCCAGACAAAGCCAUUGCCUAUGUUGCUUACGGCGGUGAGGAGCACUCCAAGGAAGAGUAUGAAGUUCUGCGGACAGGAGACUUUGUCUGGGAAUUCGCCACAAAUGGAGAAAUCCCGGCUGGAGCCAUAGAAGUUGGUCAGACUGUUGAUGGUGAGAAGCUCUACAUGGGCCGGUGCCUUCACAACGGAACGCAGACUCCUGGCAAAAUUCAGGCCAGUCACGGAUGCCUCUACAUCCCUUUUGAUGGCGAAGAAGUCAGCGUAACGGAGUACGAAGUUCUCGUGAUGAAAUAAAUUCAUUUUUGAGACUCUCUGGCACGAUUUGCUUUUAAAUUGUAUGGAAUAAAAUUAAUUAAGUGCUGCAAGAAA